AUGAGGCUGUUCCUGAGUGUUCUGCUGGUCACUCUGGCUCUUUGCUGUUCCAAGGCCAAUGGGAUCACCUGUCCAGCUUUGGUAACUGAAGUGGAAAAGUUCCUCUUUCUAAGCAUGCCUGCCUACAAAGCUACACUUCAGAUACUAUAUGACCCACCUCAAGAAAUCAUUGUGGCCAAGAUGACAGUGAAGGCCUGCACAGAUCAGAUGUCCUUUGAGAACAAGAUGCUAAUUUCAAGCACAUUGGCAAAAGCCAUGGAGAACUGUAAAUAA